AUGGAGGAUGAAAUCGACCAAUUUUUUUCUCAAUAUCCUACUUUUGACUACAAUCGGAAUCGCUCUCCACCAUUGGAGUUCCGACGGUUGUGCCGCUUUUUCGGUUGGAGCCGAAACAUCGAAGGCGACUACCCACCUGAACAAAAGGCUGCAUGGGCGGAUUUUCGUGUUGCUACCGUGCUGGCAUUUAAUUCAGCUUUUGGUCAUGACGAUCAGGAUCGGGAAGCGUGGGGUCGUAUUUGUGCUUUGCUGGGCAUUAAUCCCAUACCUCGAAAGCUUCGAGAUCGACGCAAGGCUGUUACCAAGACGCAUGUUAACCUCGUCGAUCUCCUUGAUCGUCACCGCAUCGGCGGCUCAAUUCGUAUCUUUGAGACCGAGUUCGAACUCAAGGAAUACACAAUACAAAAAGGCAAAUAUUUUCCAAAAGAAGAGGCAUAUGAAGGCGGACUCCUCAAGUGGCUGCUACGUGAGAUACAUGGACAGUACCAUGGCGGCCGGGGAAAAGGAAAAAAUCAUCAAAGAAGGCAACGAAGCUGA